CCCGGCGGCGGGAGCAGCGCGGCGCUGAGCAGCGCCGCGGGGGCGGUGGGCGGCGUCAACGGCAACGGCGGCGGCGGCAACGGCGGCGCGGGCGGCGGCGGCCUGGGCAACGGGGCGUUGGGCGGCGGCGGCGGCGGCGGCUUCUUCCACGCGGGCGGCGCGGGCGCCAACGGCCUCCUGCCCGGCGCGCUGCCCGACUUCCGCGUGGCGCAGUCUGGCGACGCCACCUGCAACGGGCUCUUCUCGCCCAACGAGGGCUCCCGCACCAUGACCCUCCGCAAAGCAGCCGCGUCGCCGCUCAAGUGCCGCUUCCCGCAGUGGCUGACGGUGUCGCUGCACUGGCACACGCUCGACUACAGCCGCAUCUACGCCUUCAGCCACCGCAACUACACGCUGCGCAUCUCGAACGCGUCGGCGCCCCUGCGGCCGGCCGGAGGCCCCGGCGCCGGCGCCGCGCAGCAGCCCGCGUGA